AUGGGACAUUCCUUCAACCAACACUUUCAAUUGAUUUUUAAUAAUAUAGAGAGUAAUAAAAACUUUGAAAAUUUACAACCGAGAGUCAAGCGGCAGGUCAGUUCGGGUGCAGGUAAAUUCAUUGAAGCAGCGAAGAUGCCACAAAUCAAGGUAUUCCGACUGUUCCUGCAGAUGUUUAAGAAUGGAUGGGCCGAUUCGUACGUCGGUGGAACCGGGCCAUUGGAUCCGCGAAUCAUCCGGCCGGUUCUCUAUCUAUUCAAGGAUAAGAUUAUACAAUUCUUUAUGCCCGAACCUGGAGUAGAACAUCAGAAAAAAUCGCAUUAG